AUGACAAUAAUAUCAGGACCGGAACGUCCCAAUUUACUACAAGAUGAAUAUCUUCAUGAUAUUUUUCUUGUUUCUGCGCGACAUUAUCCAAAUAAAGUUGCUCUUCGUUGGCUAAAUGAAGAGAUAACUUACGAUCAAUUACGCAUACAUGCCUUAAAUAUCGCUCACACCCUGCGUAAUAUGCGACAAAUCGGGCCGGGUAGUAUUGUGGGCAUUUGUCUAUCCCGAUCGGCGUUGUUGCAUGCAACAAUUCUUGGUGUUUUAAUGACUGGUGCAACAUAUGUUCCUUUCGAUGCCGAUAUUCCAGAAGAACGAGUUAAUGAAGUAUUGUCGGAUCUCAAAGCUAAUCUUCUUUUAAUCGAUUCUCGAGCCCAUUUCAGUCAUCCACUAUCAUUCAAUGUUCAAUCGGUCGCUCAAAAUCAAUNAUCUGUUCCUGAUUCGUCAUUCACGCUCAAACUUCGUUUAAUUAAUGUCGGCGGUGAAGCUUUUCCCAAGACACUCGUAGAUCGUUGGUGGAGAGAAGAUCGCUUAAUUUAUAAUUCUUAUGGUCCAACUGAAACAACCGUCGCUGCCACUUUAAGCCUCGUACAUCCGAAUAAGCCAAUUAGUAUAGGUAGGCCUUUACCAAAUUACGUUUGUUGCCUUCUUGAUGAAGUAACUGGACAACCAACAUCAGCAAAUACGGGUGAAUUAUGUAUUCGUGGACCAGGUAUUGCGCGUGGUUAUGUUGGAUUGAGUGAAUUAACAAAAGAAAAAUUCACUAAAUACGGGUAUCGCACUGGUGAUCAAGUUACAUUCGAGAAUGAUCAAAUAUUUUUCCACCAACGUAUUGAUACUCAAGUCAAGUUACGAGGUUUCCGUAUUGAGCUUGAUGAGAUUGAACAAGAGCUAUUGAAUUUGAAAGAUAAUGUUAAAUCAGCUGCUGUUACUGUUCAGAACGAACAAAUUAUUGCUUAUGUUGUAGGAGAAUUAAGUGAAGCAAAAAUGCGUGAGAAAUUAACAAAAAGAAUACCUCGUUAUAUGAUCCCGGAUCGAUUGAUUACAAUCGAUGAAAAAAUGCCUCUUUUGAGCAGUGGAAAAAUCGAUCGUAAAGCACUUCAUUCUUUAUCGUUAGGAAACAGUCCAAACAAAAAUGAAAUAACAAAAAGUCCAAAACAGCAAAAAGUGCCAAAUAAAACCAACAUUCGGAGCAUAGCAGAUAUUAUUCUCUACGCAUUUCGCAGUACAUUUCCGCAUAAUGAAAUAACUAAAGAUAACGAUUUCUUCCUUGAUCUUGGUGGACAUUCAUUAACAGCAGCACAAACAGUUAGCAAAUUACGUGAAUCUUUUCCAAAUGUGUCAAUUCAAGAUUUAUACGAAUGUAAAACAGCGAAAGCUCUUGCUGAACGCCUAUCGGUAACAUCCGGUAAUUCUAACGCUGAGAAAAUCUUUAUCUCAGAUAUGACCAUUGAUAAACCGGCGAUAUCUCGACUCGCUCUGUGCGCUCUGAUCCAGGCUAUUGUUCUCCUAAUUGUUUUUGGUCUUACAGCAGUCGAUUUACUUUUGCCUUUCGUUAUGUUUGACAUUGCUUUGGAAAACUACGGUCUUAUAUACGGAUUCCUUGCUGCCUAUGCAACAUAUGUGAUUGUUCCGGUGCUGCUGAGUUUUCUGGCAAUUCUAGUCAAGUGGAUUGUAAUUGGUCGUUUUCGAGAAGGAGAUUUUCCUCUCUGGAGUUUGAUGUAUGUACGUUGGUGGACUGUGAAACAAUUCCUCGGUUUAUCAUCACUUGACAGCUUCUCCGAUACGCCGUGGAUGCCAAUUUUCUAUCGAUUACUUGGAGCCAAGAUUGGUCAUAAUGUGCAUAUUGGUGACAUCGAUUGUUCAGUCGUAGAUCUGUUGAGUGUUGGUGACGGCUCAACAAUUUCGUCAGACGUUGCUAUUCGAACAGCUUUUGUCGACAACUAUACGCUCAAAUUGCGUCGAGUAUCCAUUGGAUGCGAUGUUCAUGUGGGCGUCCGCAGUGUUCUAAAUGGGGAAAGCAUCAUGGGCGAUCAUUCUGAAUUGGGUUCAAUGUCAUUUCUUCCUUCUGGUGUGUGUAUUCCAGCAGAUGAAGUCUGGCAAGGUUCACCAGCACAAUACUGCCAUCGAAGAAUCCCAUUAGAGAUUGUUACGGAAUCGAAUUGGGAGAAAUGGAAGUCUAUUUUAGUUUCAUCCAUCUUUCUUCUAUUGAUUCUCUUCUUUUUGCCUCUGAUGAAUUUCAUUCCAAUGUUUCCAGGUCUUAUUUUCUUCGACUAUAUCCGAUGGAAAGCCUUGUCACCUUGGCUGCAAGUGAUUUAUUUCUCUCCUGUUGUGGGCAUUCUUUACACAUGUUUAAUUAUCCUAGAAAUCGUGAUCGUACGAUUUAUUUUUAUUGGUUCUAUCAAAGAAGGUGUCUACAGCACAAAAUCAUGGACUUUCAUGCGAAAAUGGAUUUUCGAUCAAUUAUUUGACGUAGCUUUAGAUAAUAUAUAUGCACUGUUUGCUACAGUCUAUGCUAGGCCACUACUUCAAGCAUUUGGUAUGAAAAUUGGUCAACGUUGCGAAGUGUCGACAGCGUCAGGAAUGGUUCAUUCGUUGGUGGAAAUUGGUGAUGAAAGUUUCGUAGCGGAUACAGUUACAUUAGCGAAUCCUUACAUAUCUCGUGGUUAUAUUCAUCUACAUAAAACGAUCGUUGGUCAACGAACUUUUAUUGGCAAUGCAGCAUGUAUAAGUAGUGGAAUUCAAAUACCUAAUGGAUGUCUAAUUGGAUGUAUGUCAACAGUUGCCGAUGGAUUGAAAGAAGGUGAAUCCUGCGUCGGCUCGCCACCUAUCGUUCUCAGCAAGCGACAGCAAGUAGCACCAGACAUUUCGGAUGAAAUGACUUUUCGUCCCAGCGCACAUUUGAUUCUUGGACGAUCCAUAAUCGACAUACUACGAGUAAUUGUGCCUCGAGUUGUGAUUGUCUUAGAGAUUGGUAUCGCUUUUGAGAUAUUCGUGUGGAGUCAAACCUACAACCAUGUUUAUCUCUUCUUUCUUUUAAUACCAAUAGUGUACAUCAUGGUAUUUGCUGUUCCUUCACUUCUAUUUUUUUUGGUUCUUAAAUGGUUAUUGAUUGGCAAAUAUCGCAUUCGCCAAGAUCCUUUGUGGAGUCCCUUUGUAUGGAUAUCGGAAUUGAUCACUGUAGUUUACGAAGACAUAGUUUGUUCUAUAUUUCUUGGGUAUUUGGAAGGCACUCUCUUUUUAGCUCCCAUGCUACGGUGUUUCGGCGUUCAUAUCGGCCGAGGAUGUUAUCUCGAUACGGCAGAUAUAACUGAAUUUGAUUUAGUUCAUAUUGGUGACUACGUCACAAUAGAUGCAGACGUUGGCAUUCAAACACAUCUCUUUGAAGAUCGAGUGAUGAAACUAGGUGAAGUGCAUAUAGAAAGUGAAGCUACCAUUGGUGCUUGGUAA